UUUACUAGUUUGCCCCCAUGUUGACAGGAUCAGUUUCCAUGUGCCCUUGAUUAGUUUUAUGGCUCCCACAGACCUCAUUACUAUAUUCCCAAACUUGUCUUUCUAUCUCUCUCCCCAUCCAAAUUCUUAUAUUGAACCAUAGACUCAAUCCCUUCCAUGAUUCCCUCUGCAGAUCAGGACUGAACUUCUGAGCCCCCAAAGAUUAAUUAAUCUCAUAGAGCCAUUUAAAUAAUCUCAAUCAUGGUCAUGGAAUUUUAAUGAAAGCACUCUAGUUUUUCUCUUCACACAGUGAGAGAGAGAGAGAGCUUUGCUCAUUUAGAGUUGGUUGGUUCCCUUUGUGAGGGAUCUUUCUCUUUUCCCCAUAAAAGAGAUUUCAAGAAAAUCUCUUUGGGCAUUGAGCUUUUGUUUUUGGGUUUUGCUGUCACUAUUUCUCUCUCUGGUAGAAGCAGAACAUGUGGGGUUCCAUGCUUUUGCCUCCUCCAAAAACAUCAUCAUAAGCUGAAUUCAUUCCAUUUUGUAGAAAGAUGGAAUCUGGGAGUAGGUUUUACUCUGGUGAUGAGUUCAGAUUGGAUUCCAAAUGGCUGGUUGAUCCUAAGCAUCUGUUUGUUGGGCCAAGAAUUGGAGAGGGUGCUCAUGCCAAAGUGUAUGAGGGCAAAUACAAAAACCAGACUGUUGCAAUUAAAGUUCUACAUAAAGGAGAAACUCCAGAAGAGAUCACCAAGAGACAAGGGCGGUUUGCCAGAGAGGUUGAAAUGUUGUCUAGAGUUCAGCAUAAGAAUUUAGUGAAGUUUAUUGGUGCCUGCAUGGAGCCAGUAAUGGUGAUAGUUACUGAGCUUUUAUUGGGUGGGACAUUGCGCAAGUAUUGUCUUAACAUGCGGCCAAGGUGCUUGGACACACGAGUUGCUGUUGGUUUUGCCCUAGAUAUUGCUCGUGCAAUGGAAUGCUUACACUCUCAUGGGAUCAUACACCGUGACUUGAAGCCUGAGAACUUGCUCUUGACUGCAGACCACAAAACUGUUAAACUAGCAGAUUUUGGGUUAGCAAGAGAAGAGUCAUUAACAGAGAUGAUGACUGCCGAAACUGGAACAUACCGUUGGAUGGCCCCAGAGUUGUACAGUACUGUUACGUUAAGGCAGGGAGAGAAGAAGCAUUACAACCAUAAAGUGGAUGCCUAUAGCUUUGCAAUUGUUUUGUGGGAACUCUUACACAAUAAAUUGCCUUUUGAAGGCAUGUCAAAUCUCCAGGCAGCAUAUGCAGCAGCUUUUAAAAAUGUGAGGCCCAGUGCUGACAACCUCCCAGAGGAGUUGAAUCUCAUCCUAACUUCGUGCUGGCAGGAGGACGCAAAUGCUCGACCUAAUUUCAGUCAGAUAAUUCAAAUGCUACUAGAUUAUCUUUACACCAUAGCUCCUCCUGAACCUGCGAUUCCUUCUCGGAUUUUCACCGAGAACACUGUCUUGCCUCCUGAGUCCCCUGGUACAAGCUCUUUGAUGGCAGUACGUGAUGAUGGGGGGACACCCAAAGCACAAACGGAAGAUGAGCCAAAAGGAUUUUUCUUCUGCUUUAAACAGUGCUAUUGACUGCUAGGCAUUAGUUGAAGAGAAGAUCUCUACCUCUGUUGUUCGGGUCAAUAAUCUCCAGAGGGGAGCUCGUAAACAAUAGAAUCUAGUCGGGGAAGUACAUUUUGGUAACUGGUAAAUGUUAAGUUGAUCAAUAUUCAUUUUCAUCAUGUUAAACUUUAGAUGAAUGUCCUGCUUUGUAUAUUCUCUGUUCCAUUGGAUCUAGUCAAAUAUGUAGGAUCUUAGCUCCAAUUAGAUAAAUCUUACAUAUAGUAUCUAAUACUGUGGAGUUGGGUUUCCUUGUGAGGCUUAACCUUAACUUGUUGGAUAUGAAAUGCAACUUCAUUUCUUUGUAAGGAGAGAAGGAAAUGAUCCUUCUAUCUGGGGUUUAUUAUCUAUGGAUCAAGAAAGUUUAGUCCGGUCA